AUAAAUGGACACCUGCGCCCUUCCUUUCCUCCUCACUCGACAUAGCAAAUCUCAGCCUAAUUUCAGUCAUGAAGGUCCAGGUCGUAGCAGCAACUGCCUUGGUCUUGCUCCUCCUAACCAUUGCUGCGGAGGCGCGUACUCCGUCCCCGGAUCCCAUGUGCAAGGAGCGAAGCCACGAAUACAAAGGGAGGUGCCUUCACGAUACGGAUUGUAACGCCGUCUGCGUCAAAGAGUCACAGAGCUACGCCGGAGGCUUCUGCCAGGGACGGCCACCGUUCAAGCACUGCUUCUGCACAAAGCCAUGCAAGAGAGGGAGAGCUGAUGCUACACUUCGGUCGCCAGGCCUCUGAUUAUGUGUGUACUCACUCAUGUCGUGCCGCAUGGCAAGGCGACUCUCGCAUGUAUGCCUAGGUUGAUGAGAGUAUAUAUGAUAAAUAAAAGGAAAUAGUGAAUGA